AUGAAUCGUGUGACUGUCACGUUGUUAAAUGAUGCUUGGGGGUCCAUACACGAAGAUCUGAAUAUUAUCCGAUACGUUGUUCCCCACCGCUGUAGUCAGAACAGUUCCACCGAGAACGACAUCGUUGAUUUUAGCGUCAACGCGACAUCAGUCGAGUACGAAGAAUGCUCCAUCGUGGUGACAACAAAUGGUUCUGACGGUGAUGUGGUUAAAACGACAUACCCAUGUCUAUAUGGAAACGAGUAUUCCAUGCCUCGGAAAAUCUCCAUUGUCUCCGAGUGGGAUUUGGUUUGCGACCAAGAGGGUUAUUCAGAGCUGUCUCAGACAGUUCUCAACAUUGGACAGAUGUUUGGGGCCGUCGUGUGCACGACCCUGGCCGACAAAUUCGGCAGGAAGCCACUGUACAUCUCCUGUCUAAUUGGCCUCACUGUCUGUGGGUUUGGAAUCGCGUUCUCACCCUCCAUCCUUGUGUUCAUCGCCAUCAGGUUCUGUAUCGGCACUCUGCAGCAGCCUCUACCCAAUAUCCUCAUUGACGAAGGUAUCCAAGCUAUUCAGAAAGCCAUGGAAGAUACUAACAUCCUGGGAGAUGGAGAAACUACAGAUGUCCUUAGUAUAGCUAACUUUGUCCUCAGAACAGAACAGAACUUUAUUCACUCAGAACACAAAACGGGAUGUGAGUUGUCGUCCUACACGAUGUUUGUAGAGCUAUUUCCCACCUACCACCGGGCGCUGGCAGUCAUGAUUAGUGGACUCGUCUGGGUGACGUCAUUAGCCAGUUUAUCCGGCCUGGCUUACUUAAUGAGAGAUUUUGAUUGGAGAAAUGCGCAGCUUAUAUACGGUUCCGUUUCCAUUUAUGUGGUCGUGUUGUACUGGACACUUGACGAAUCUGUUCGUUGGCUCCUUGCCAAUGGAAGGCUUGACGAAGCCCGACGAUUGAUAUCCAAAGCUGCCAAGGUGAACAAAUAUAACCCGAGAAAAGCUCUCGGUGUUUUGAACAGUCUGAUAGCUGACCAGUCUGUAGCCAUUUCGUGUUCAACGGAGAGUCUGAAAGAGCUGCGAGAAAAGUUCCCUGAUACAGAAACGAAAACACCGCUGACUCUACCCGAGAAGGAAAACCUCAGCGUUGAGAAUAACCGACCUCAGUGUGGACACAAAUGCGGGCAUCUUGCAACAAAAGAUGACACUUCUGCUGGUGAGACAAGAAGUUCUGCUGUCUGUAGUGAAUGUUUGUCUGAUCAGAUUGAUGGCCUGGAAGUGAAUUCACACCAAAAGCCAUUGCUAACACCAGAAAAGCUGGAAGUCGUAACAGAUCCUGAAAAUAUGAGUUUGUCAAGUGCUGUAAGGGAGACAACUGCUAUCGCUUCACAACAUGUAUACCAGAAGUCGAUAAAUUACACGGUUCUAGAUUUAUUCCGCUCGAUGAUAGUACUCAGGGUGACCUUAAUUAUCUGCUAUAUCUGGUGUGUGAACAGCUUAACGUAUUACGGUUUGUUCUUGACCUCCUCUUCAUUGGUUGGCGACAGAUUCCUCAACUUCUUCCUGAUCGCCAUCGUGGAGACCCCCUCAGCCGUCACUAUUCAAUUCCUGUACCAUAAAACUGGACGGAAACAAGUGAGCAUUAUCUUCCACGUUCUAGCAGGAGUGUUCCUAAUAACGUCCGUCGCCAUUUUAGGAAAUGCGGGAAAUAGUGAGAUUGGAAAAAUAAUGUCAAAUGUAUUCAAUCUUCUUGGAAAAUUCGCUAUCUCAGCUUCGUUUCGUGCACUGUUUGUGUAUGGGCCAGAAGUUUUCCCAACAAACCUAAGGGCGGCUGGUAUGGGGAUAUCGUCUGCCUUCGCCAGAAUAGGCGGAAUGGUAGCGCCGUAUUUGAGAAUUCUCAGUCGAAGGUUCAUCUGGGGUCCAGCAGCCUUGUUUGGUUUUAUGUGUCUUCUGGCUGCAUUCCUGGUGAUGUUUCUGCCAGAGACCAAGGGAAGAGAACUCCCGACUACUAUCGAAGAGAUGGAGAAAUCCAUUGUUGAAACGGCAGGGCUUUGCAAAAUACGGAACAAGAAGGAUCUACGCCAGGAACAAGAGUAAUGAAAAAUAUUCAACAGUAUUAAAACUCUAAACGUUAUUAACUGGACCAUGAUGUAGCUCAAAAGACUAUACACAGAGACAGAGACUGGAAGGAAAUGUUUUAUUUAACGACGCACUCAACACAUUUUAUUUACGGUUAUAUGGCGUCGGACAUAUGGUUAAGGACCACACAGAUAUUGA